GGUGGAUUUCCCAUGAUUCCGAGCGGUAAAGACGAAGCAGGCGCGGACAUUCAAAAAAGAAUGGCAGAGCAGUCUGAUGUUUUACAACUAAUACCGAACUCAGAUGAAACAAAAAGUUCGCCCACUGUCCAAAGCGGAGUAAAGAGGAGAAUCUCCUUUUUCUCAGAGAGGGACGUAAGCACCGUGGAGGAGCCGAGCAGUAUGACAUGUUCGCUGCUAAGCUUACAGAGUGUUGGUGACGACUCAAAUUCAUUCCGACCCUCAGCGGAAAUAGACGAAGAACUCCGAACAGAGAAAAUCAAAAUAUGUCUAGAAUCAAAAAAUGCUGCUGAUGUUAACGUUGUGCCUCUGAAGGAGCAAACAGUGAGCAGUAUAGGAGAUACGGAAAACUCUUCUGAGCCGUCAGAUAUCAUUCAAGACAGAACAGAAGAAAAGACUUCUGGCCCAGAUUCCUGUGUGAAUGCCAGCAGAGAGCAUAACACUGAGGAGCUAGAUGCUGAAGUGAUGAGAAAAGCCCGGGAAGAAGGCUGCGUGAACGUGGUCUUCCCUGGCGCUGUGACCCAGGGAGGCUGCUAUCGUUUCGUCAGCGAGAUCCUCAAGUGCAUCCUCUAUCAGAGACAACAGCUGCCGAUGACGUACGACCAGCUGGUUUAUUCUCAGAAGAAGCAGCAAAUUUCAGUGCAGGAAAGAGAUACAGUGACUCGAAGGCCAUUGCAGUCUGCUGAUAUGGAUAUGCGCAAAUGCCAACAGAGUCUUCAGGAGCUGGAGGAGGUGCUACAGCAGCUGGAGGUGCUGUUUUCUUUGAGCAGAGUACCCCGCGUUUUACUGUUGAUGGGCGGCUCCCUCGUUCUCCCUAAAGAACUGUAUGAGAUCAACAUGGAAGCCCUGGUCCUGUCUGCCGGGGAUCAGUCUCUUCAAGCGUCCUCCUGCUUGAGGCAGCUCUUCCGCACUCUUUUCAUUGCCGACCUCUUGUCUGAUACCAAACCUGUUCGCCUGAUGCCCACCACGGUCCUGGCACUGGCUCACAGGGAAUGUGGCGUAGGUUGGUUCCGACCCAAACUACAGUUUAAAGUCCCGACUCGAGUCAGAAACCAAAUAAUUACUCUGUCUACAGAUCCCAGCGCCUGUAAGGUGCAUGGAGCAGAUGGGUCAGACUGGCAGGAUUAUGUGUGGUUUCAGGCACCAGCAGCCAUUAAGGGCUUCAGCAGCUGACCCAAACAGUUCAUUGGUCUGAUUUUGGAAUAAAGUCAAUUUUAAUUUAGAAUUAGGCUGUACAUAUUUUAUUAAUGUUUUUUGUUUUAGAAUGUGUGGAUUGUUUGUGCAGAAGUGUAAGGGAAUCUUUUCAAAGUCUGAUUUUCAAUGAAUAUUUUCUCAAGAGGCAUGCUUGCUGGGUUUUGAGAGCAUAUGUAUUAUUGUUUAUAUUUAUAAAGCAUGGCCUUUCAUAUACAAUAAGCACAGCAACACUCAACUCAUUAGUGCAAUAUACUUUUACUGAGCAUAACUUGAAAGGUUUAAUGAAUUACAUGGCUUUCUUUUUAUUCUGGGAAAAAUAUGAAUGUGCCAGCAUCAUCUGUCUACAUGUUUAUAUGUGCUUAAACAUUAACAUUUUAAAGAUUAUAACAGGCAAAAAGAUGUACUGAAAGAAUCAGUGUUGAUCUUUAUUUGUGGACUCUGAUUCGUCAAUUAUAAUAAAAAACAUACAAUAAC